AUGACAGCAAGAAUGAGUAGUUCACCUAAGAGCAGCAGAUUCAAGAUGGAAGUUAGUGUGGAUGACCAAUUUAUACCGGAUAUUUUGCUGCUUUGUGGAGUGUUCGGCAGAAGAAUCAAGUGUUUAAAUUUACAAACUCAUGAACGUGCCAAUUUCCACAGGAAGAAAGCAAAUGCAAUCAUUAGUAAGUGGAUAAAAGAGGGCCUGAACAGGAAUACUUUUCAUGAUAUCCAACAAUCAAAUGCUGCAAUCCUGAUAGAAAAAUACAAUCUCAAACAACAAACAGAGUCAUCAGAACUUCAUGUUAACCAUGUGGCUAAUUUGUAUUUUCGCAUUUCAAUGUCUGCAGCAGAAUGUUUAUCAUCCAACUCAGCUCCACAUACUGAAGUCGAAGAAUGCUUACCUCAAGAUUUUCAACCAGUACCAAUAGACAUUCAUGCUGAGGAUACAGAUUCCAUUGAGGACAUUUCAUUUGAUUGUUGUAACUCUGUAAACAUGGGGAAUCCCUUAUCAUUUCUGAAACUUCUUCAACAUUUUGCGGUUCAAACGAGCCGGAUCCUGAUCGCUGACACUCCUAUGAGGUCGUAUUUGAAACGUAUUAUUUCGUGUAAUGGAUAUUGGGCGUGUGAAAGAUGUGUUCAAAUGGGAAUUCCCAAGCGGUUUAAGGAAAUCCCACUAAGAUAUCUAUCGCAUUGUAUGAUUCAUCUUCCAGAUGACGUGGAAAAAUAUAAAGUUGGUGUAGAAUGUCUGAGUGCUUUCGUUUAUGAAAAUUUUCAAGGUUAUUUCCGUCAUUUCCUAGCAUCGGGUAACUUACCCGUAGAACAGUUACGUAAUCGCCUUAUUGAGAGAAGCUUGUAUUUGUUACCUACCUCCGCGGACGGGCUGAUUUUGAACAGUGAUGAAUCAUUUGGAAUUGAAGCAUCAAAAUCCGUAGCUGGUAAAAGUAAAAAUGUGUUCAUUAAAUUCAUUGUUAAUCGAAGCAAAACACAAAAAAAAUUGGUUUUUUCUACUUUUGUUUUAGGCAAAGAGUAUCCAAACAACUUAUGUAUGUUGCGCAAUGGUUCAAUAAUAAUUGUUAAAGAUAUUGUCGAAUUCCCGACAGGCAGUGGUACAUAUACCCUUGUUGGUGUGAAAUUCCGUUCUUUGGAAAAUGCUUUUGUCAAACCAUACGUUUCGUCUCAUUUCAAAACAUAUCUCGCUUCUAAUGUUAGUUCUAUUGAUGAGUGGGAUUUUACGUCCAUACAGGGGAAAAUGGAGGCAAUUCCUUAUAAAUUUGUCGCUACAAAGAAUAUUGAAUUCCCUGUAAUUGACUCACCGAGAUCUAAACAAAAAUGGUUUGUUGUUCCCAUCCACCAUACUUUCCAGGAAUAA